ACUCUGGCGCAGUAGCACUCAGGUCGCUCUGACGUGGAAGUAUCAGUUUGCUUUUAUAUACUCUUUUAAGCACAGAUUUAACAACAGUUUAAAAGAAAAGAAAAGAAGUAAGUCUGAGAGGAUUUGGAUGUCUACCUUUAAAGGGCACUAGAAAAUAUUCUGGUUGACAGUGAAUAGGACAAGGAUGAGAUAGCCAAAAGGGGUGGUCUCUGAAGUGGAUCAUGCCCCCUAGAUAGCAGACUCUUCGCCUUGCUGGCUGUCGGCCCCUCCGGAUUGGAGAGGAUGCCUCCCCGGAAGCGCACACAGCCCACCCUGGGCUUCAUGUGCUGCUUCAGCAGCAGUGAACCCCCUGAGAUCAACCUGAAAAACAGUGUACCGCUGCAGCUGCUGGAGUUCAGUGCCCCCAUGCCCCCGGAGGAAGAACUGCAUGCCCGUUUCUCUGAAUUAGUGGAUGAACUGGAUCUCACAAACAAAAACAGGGAAGCCAUGUUUGCGUUGCCUGCUGAGAAGAAAUGGCAGAUCUAUUGCAGCAAGAAAAAGGAACAAGAGGACCGCAACAAGCUUGCUACCAGCUGGCCUGAUUACUAUAUUGACCGCAUCAACUCCAUGGCAGCUAUGCAGACACUAUUUGCUUUUGAGGAAGAGGAAAUGGAGAUGAGAAACAAGGUGGUAGAGGAUCUAAAGACAGCCCUCCGGACUCAACCAAUGAGGUUUGUGACACGCUUCAUCGAGUUGGAUGGCUUGACGUGUCUUCUGAACUUCCUGAAGAGCAUGGACUAUGAAACCUCAGAGAGCCGCAUACAUACAUCCAUCAUCGGCUGCAUCAAAGCCUUGAUGAACAACUCCCAGGGCCGUGCCCAUGUACUGGCCCACCCCCAGAGCAUCAACACUAUUUCCCAAAGCCUCCGCCAGGACAACAUCAAGACCAAAGUGGCUGUGUUGGAGAUCCUGGGUGCUGUUUGCUUGGUGCCCGACGGGCAUAAGAAAGUAUUACAGGCAAUGGUACACUACCAGAAGUAUGCUGCAGAGAGGACUCGCUUCAAGUCUCUUUUGAACGAGCUGGACAGAAGCACAGGACACUACAGGGAGGAAGUAAAUCUGAAGACAGCCAUCAUGUCAUUCAUAAACGCUGUGCUGAAUGCUGGAGUUGGAGAGGACAGUCUAGAGUUUCGCCUUCAUCUUAGGUAUGAGUUUCUGAUGUUAGGAAUUCAGCCAGUCAUCGAGAAGCUGAGAGCACAUGAUAAUGCCACGCUCGACAGACAUCUGGACUUUUUUGAGAUGGUGCGGAAUGAGGAUGAGUUAGAAUUGGCCAAAUGCUUUGACACUACACACGUGGACACCAAGAGUGCUGGACAGAUGUUUGAGCUGAUCAAGAAGAAACUGAGCAACACAGAUGCCUACCCCCACCUUCUAUCUAUCUUAAAGCACUGCCUCCAAAUGCCAUAUAAACGUGGUGCAGGCAGUAUACAGCAAUGGCAACUUUUAGACCGCAUCCUUCAGCAAAUUGUUCUACAAGAUGAGAAGGGAGAAAAUCCAGAUGUUUCACCCCUGGACAAUUUCAACGUUAAGAACAUCAUUAGAAUGCUUGUCAAUGAGAAUGAAGUCAAACAGUGGCGAGAUCAAGCAGAAAAGUUCAGAAAAGAGCAUGUAGAGCUGAUGGCUCGGCUGGAAAGGAAAGAAAGAGAGUGUGAGACCAAGACACAAGAGAAGGAUGAUAUGAUGAAGACACUCAACAAGAUGAAGGACAAACUGCAGAAAGAAGGAGUGGAGUUGCGCUCUGCCAGGGAGCAUGUAUUAGACCUGUCCUCCCACAUUAGCAACAUUUCAAAUGGUGUUCAUUUACACGUUCCCCCUCCGCUUCCUGGGAGCCCGAUGGCUCCGCCUCCACCACCUAUGAUGAUGGAUAACUUCCCUACUCCUCCUCCACCUAUUGAUUUUUCCAGCCCACCCCCACCACCUCCUCCACCUCCCCCGGGGGGUCCUCCACCCCCACCUGGGGCCCCGCCCAUCUUUUCUGGAAUUCCACCUCCACCUGGAUCUGCUUCCAUUAGCUCCACAACCAGCCUACGCACAAAGAGCAUCCCACAACCUUCACAACCACUAAAAUCCUUUAACUGGUCCAAACUGGGAGAGAACAAGAUCACUGGUACCAUCUGGUAUGAGAUUGAUGACAGAAGGGCCUUUAAAGUUCUUGACCUAAAGGACAUUGAGAAGAUGUUUUCAGCUUACCAGAGGCAGCAAGAGCUGCUCACUAAUCAAUCCUUCAAGCAGAAAGAAACAGGAUCAAUGGAUGACCUUUAUCUGAGCUCACGCAAAGUCAAAGAGCUGUCUGUUAUUGAUGGACGGAGGGCCCAAAACUGUGUCAUCCUGCUUUCCAAGUUAAAAAUGAGCAAUGAAGAGAUAAAGAGAGCCAUUCUGGAGAUGGAUGAGAGGGAGGAGCUGGCUAAAGACAUGUUAGAGCAGCUGCUGAAGUUUGUUCCUGAGAAAAGUGAUAUUGACCUUCUGGAGGAACACAAACAUGAGCUUGAGCGUAUGGCCCGGGCUGACCGCUUCCUGUUUGAGAUGAGCAGAAUCGACCACUAUCAACAGAGGAUCCAGUCUCUUUUCUUCAAAAAGAAGUUUGCAGAGCGUCUAGCAGAAAUAAAACCAAAGGUUGAAGCUAUUCUGUGUGCAUCUCGUGAGGUGAUGAGAAGUAAACACCUGACACAGGUUCUGGAAGUGGUUUUGGCAUUCGGGAACUUCAUGAACAAAGGACAGAGGGGCAACGCAUAUGGUUUCAAAGUGUCCAGCCUCAACAAGAUAAUAGACACCAAGUCAAGUAUAGACAGGAACAUCACCAUGUUGCAUUACCUGAUCAUGAUCUUUGAGAAAAAUUACCCUGACAUCCUCAAUAUUCAACAGGAAUUGGCCUCUAUACCAGAAGCUGCCAAAGUCAAUCUGGCUGAGCUGGAGAAGGAAGUGUUCAUCAUUAGGAGCGGCCUGAAAGCUCUGGAGGCGGAGUUACGAUACCAGCAGAGCCGAGCAUGUGACUGGGGUGACAAGUUUGUCCCAGUGGUCAGUGACUUCAUCACAGUUGCUAGCUUCAGCUUCUCUGAACUCGAGGAACUACUCGCUGAAGCCAAAGAUAAGUUUUCUAAGUCUCUGAGGCAUUUUGGAGAGGAGGAAGGUUGCAUGCAACCGGAUGAGUUUUUUGGAAUAUUUGACAUCUUCCUGCAGUCGUUCAGCGAGGCCCGACACGACCUGGAGAACAUGCAGCGACGCAAACAGGAGGAAGAGAGGAGAAUGCGCAUGGAGGCCAUGCUGAAGGACCAGCGGGAGCGAGAAAGACGAGCAAAGAAAAGCACCGGAGGCUGUGUGUCAGAGGAGGUGGGGGAGUUUGAUGAUCUCGUAUCGGCGCUUCGCUCAGGUGAAGUCUUCGACAAGGACUCUAAACUUAAACACAACCGCAAGCGCUCUGUCAACCAGCUGGCGGAUUGUGGGGGUCGUGAAAGACCAGUCACCAAGGUGAACUAUUGACCUCAGUGAAUACAGUCAGAAGGAGUUCGGAUUUUUAUAUUUACAGACUGACAGGGAACUCUCUUGAAAUGCCAUACACUGCCCUCUAUUUUCUUUUUUGCUCAGACCAGUAAUAAUGGACAAGCUCAAAGAUGGACAGGCUCACUGUAAGAUAGUCUGGUUUAUCCACAGAUGAGAAGGAUGCCCUGCAAUCUCUUUCUUCUUGUUUCUGCUUGGUCCUCCUUCUUGAUAUGUACAGUCACUCACACUGAUCUCUUACUCUUGUUUUUUUGUGGCGAAAUGCACAACCUGAGUUUCAGUUUGGAAGAGCUGUUCAGUUUGGUGCUGUGAGGUCUCACAAUAAGUCAUAAGAGGUAGAUAUCAUCUGAGUCACUUGUAGAAUCCAUAUGGUUAUCCUUCUAACCUGCAAAGGUUAUUGUCCUUUCUCUGUCGCCCAUUUUCAUGCUCUAAUUUUAGGAGAUUGAAAAAUUUGGUACCUCUAAUCUUCCAAUCCAACUUUGCUUUUGGAUUUAAAAGAUGCAGCUGGUGCUUCCUAAACCUGAAAAUGAAGGAAAAAAAGAAAAUAUUGUUCAGUCCUGGAUGUUGAAAUUACCACACAGGCAAUUAUGACACUGUGGAUGCAGCCUUACAGGUUGGGAUACUCCUUCCCCCAAGUGCCUCUACACAUUAACGGCAUUCCAAGGACUACCUCCUGUAUGGAGAUACUGAUGAGAGAGAAGAGCACUUUCACAAAGACAUACAAAGAAUAUGAAAAUACGCUGAGUGUAUUUAAUGGCAGAAAUUAAAUGAACCCGUUGGAUUGUUAUACUUUAUAAUAUUCUCAUUUGUCAUAUACAACUGCACCUUUUAUCCAUAUGCCCUGAAGUAGCAUUCUAGGAAAGAAGGGACCAUGAAAUUCUGUUUAAAAAAGCCGUUAUCUAUGAGCAGGUACUACCAUGUGUCUUCAUCACUUCUUCAGGUUAACAUAUUGAACCUUUGGGCCUUGAUAAUAAUAUUUAACAAAAUGAUGUCUUACAUAUUUUACUAUCUAAAUGUGUAUAAAGAAACGCUAGGUACCCAAGUCUGUAAAAAAGUUGUCUCUAGAAUCUUGAUUUGUAGGGAGAUCCACUGAAUUUUAGACUUUGUUCUCAAGGUCAACAUUAUGUAACCCACUUUGGUUUUCUUAUAUUUUGUUCGUUUUUUUUUUUUUUAAUAACAUGUACCUGUAUAUUAAGUAGCUGUAGUCAGGACAAAGGUUGCAGAUGUACAUACAAUGACCUUGUAGCUGGCAUGGUGUGGUAGAGAAAAUGGUGUUAGAGAAAACAAGAGGCCUCUGAUAUGGAAAUAGACACAUAUAUGAAGGCAAUGAAUGCAAACAUUUGAAGGGGAAAUGUAGAUUCCAGUGAGAUGGUGAUUAUGGAUUGACAAAAAAAAUCAUACCCCCCACCCCCACCCUGAAAGAAUACUGUUUUCAUCACAACAUGCAGGUUACAUUGCAGCAGUCUGAGGCCUCCUGUGUCCUCUGUCCAUAUGGGGUCACAGUGGGAGUUCUGUAUGAGGUGAUUGUGUUUAUCUUUUAAGAGAUUAAAGUUAAAUAUGGACAAGCAUGGUGCUAAUUGUCCAUUUUUGUGGGUACAGCUCUGCCCCUUCUGCCCUUGCUUAAGGAACAAGAAGAGUGUCUGUGAGUGCAGGGCUUGUGGUAUAUCUAUAUUUCUUUGAGCCAGUAAGAUCAUUUAUUAACAGUCCACAAAUACACACGUUUUAAAACUAAGCUUACAAGUGCCAUAACAAUGGGCCAGUGCAAAUGGGCCAGUGCAGACAUUCUCUCCUUUCUCACCUGUAUCAGCUCAUGUGUACUUAUUUAGAUUUAAUGAUUGAAAGUUGUAUAUUUAUGUUUGUUUACUUGUUUUAAUACCAAAAAUAGUAAUUGUAGUCCUAUCUGUAUUAAGUCACUUUUUCAUGACUAAUGGUUUGAGAUUGCUUAUUACAAGUUAGUAUUUUUGUACAACAGACAGUUCGUUCCAGGUUUGACCUGAAAAGAGCAGAGAGUUUUGUCUGGGACAUUUAGAAAAAUACAAUUAUUGCCCACUUAAAUCUGAGCAUUUGUAAUUAGUUUGGUUGCACUUCCUAAGGAUUCCCUAUAGAGGCUCUUAUUAGAUCUUAUGGCAAAGCCCUAGUCUUGAGCUGCUUAAUUGGAGAUCAUGUAGAAUUAGAAAUGUGGGUUUGCACGAUUAACCGUUCUUUGUGCACCAAAAUUAAUAUGACCCAACAGAAGAGAAGAUAUACACUUUGUUAGACAAUUUUAUAAUACAUUCAUUAAGUACUAAAAAAAAAA